AUGUCGAAACAACAGAAGAAUGAGUUUGAGACAUAUAAAAACGCCAGACGAGAAUUCGUCAGGUAUGUUGCCGAGGAGGCCUCACGCCCAGCUAAUAUUCCAUCACUUAUUGAGCGUGAUGUUCUUUCUUUAUUAAGACCACUCCUUCUCGAUAACUACUCUGCAAUCCAGCAAACAGCAGCUUUAGCUAUUGGCCGUCUUGCCAAUGGUAGCGAACAAAUUGCAACAAAGGUCGUCGAUGCUGGUAUUUUACCAGAAAUUGUUACAGGCCUCUCAUCCCAGGACAAAUACAUCAUGCAAAAUUCCUGCUUCGUCAUCCGUACAAUUGCAAAGCAUUCUGAUGCUCUUGCCCAAAAGUGCGUUGAUGCUAAGGCUCUCGAUCCACUCGUAAAGUGCCUUGAACAAGAUAACUCCAAGGUUCGUGAAGCUGCUGCUUGGGCCCUCGGCUUUAUCGCCAGCCACAAGCCAGAGCUCGCUCAGGCCGUCGUCAACGCCAAUUCAAUUCAAUCUCUUAUUACAGCUGUUCAGGAGCCAGAACUUUCCCUCAAGCGUAUUGCUGUCUGCACAUUGGGCGAUAUUGCUAAGCACAACCCAGAAUUAGCUCAGUGCGUCAUUGAUGCCCGCGCAAUUCCAACAAUUGCUCCACUCCUCAAGGAUUCCGAUGCCAAGCUCAAGCAGCAAGUCUGCACAACACUUGCUCACAUCGCAAAGCACUCUGUCGAUAGCGCAGAACUCGUUGUUGAAGCCGAAAUCUUCCCAGCAGCUAUGAAUUGCCUUCGUGAUAAGGAUGCUGGCGUUCGCAAGGCUGCCUCCGUCCUCAUCCGCCAGACAGUUUCUCAUACAAUCGAACUUGCUCAGCUCGUCAUUCGCUUUGAUGGCGCUGCAGCUCUUGUCGACUUCCUCAAACCAGAACAACAGAACGAGCCACUCCAUGCAGUCAUUGCUAUCGGCUACAUUGCAACAUAUUCUCAAGCUCUUGCCACAUCUUUAAUUCAGGCAAACGCUCCAUCAGCAGUACUCAACGUUUUUACAACAACAAAGAACGAAUCUACACAAGCAAUGGCCGCCUGGGCUCUUGGUCAGCUCGGCAGCCAUUCUCCAGAGAAUGCAGCCAAACUUGCAUCUCUUAACGUUCUUUCUCUCCUUCUUGAAGCCCACAACAGCAAGGGCGCAUCAGACGAUCUCAAACUCAGAACAAAACGUGCUCUUAAGGUUCUUAUCCAGCAGUGCAAUGAAAUCGAGGCUCUUCAGCCACUCAUUGAACCAGCUCCAGAGAAUAUCCUUAAGCAUGUCUUAGAGCAGAUUUCCAAGCUACUUCCAAAGAAUCCAAAGAUGCGUGUUCCAUUCGUUACAUCUGGCGGAUUCCAGGCUGUUCAGAAGAUUCCUGCUCAGCCAGGCACAAAGAUCAGGGAUUACAUCGACGCUAUCAACGCCGUAUUCCCAGAGCAGGCUGUUCACUUCUACUCACCUAAGUAUCCGGAUACUCUUCUCCAGGAGAUUGAUAACUACGAAGGCUAA